UCAGUUCUACAAAAGCGUGCCUACGUGAAAGAAGAAAGCGGUGCGCAAAGAAAGCGGUGACGUCGCAGGGAUUUUGUUUGAAAUUGGGCGCCAAUGUCGCGCGCUGACCAGCUGCGAAGGGUCUUGACUGCGUUCUUUCACAGUGAUGCGGACAAGCCGAGCGGCCCAGAUGAGUGCUGCGACAUAGCGGAGUCGCGGGGUGACAGCGGCUUCAUUUCCAGCGGAAACCUGAUGUCGCAGGAAUUGUCCUGCGAGGACGUUGCCGCUCGCCCGCAGCCCGACUCGGGCAUAAUUGAGGACCGGGCAAAGAGCCCGCAGGAGUCCAUGCGACUCGACAGCGGCGUGUGUCUCUCCUCCGAGCUCAGUCUGAGCGAGAAGCUGUCGCAGCUCAGUCUGGGCCUGAACGACCUCAGCUUGCCCAAGCCACCGGUCCGCACUACCAGGGAGGAAGUCCCCUGGCAGCUCUACUACGAGCAGGACGAGGACGGAGACACGCAUCUCCACUCGGCGAUCUUCCACGGCUACGCCGAGGUCGCCUUGGCGCUCAUUCGCUGUGCGCCGCACCCCCGCCUGCUCGACACCCCGAACGACGCCGGCGAGACGCCGCUGCACAUCGCAGUGGCCACUGGCCAGCCCCCGGUUGUUCGCUGGCUGGUCAUAGCUGGUGCCCGACCCAACCCCCGAAACGCGCAGGGGGACUCACCGCUGCACAUCGCCUCCAAAAUGGGCGACCUGCACUGCGUUCGGGCGCUCACAGACCCGCUGAACCCGAAGCAUCGAGACGCCAUGGCGCUGACCUACCCGCCCGCCCCCCACGAGAAACCCAAGUUGGAGCAAUGGAACUAUCUGGGACAGACCUGCGGCCACGUGGCGGCCGAGCACGGCCACCUGGAUAUCCUGCGCCACUUGGUCAGCUGCGGCGCCGAUAUCAACGCCCGCGAGAGCCUGCAGGGCUUGACUGUCCUCCAUUACGCCCUCCAGAACCGAGACGACCGAAUGCUGCAGUUUUUGCUGAGCGAGUGUCGCGGCCUGAAUCCCGACAUGCGCAGUUACCGUGGCAAAAACGCUUGGCAGAUGUUUCCCUACAUUUCUGAGCGACUCACACUAGCCCUGAGACAGCGGGGCGUCGAGUCGCCCUGCUCCAGCAGCGACGAGGAGACCAGCGACGACGAUGAGAUGGGGUACGAAGAGACGCCCGCGGCCAUGCUCCUGGUCAACGCACACGCUUGAUCCGAACCAUCCGCACGGGGGCCCUUGUGGACGACAGCGGCGCCCCGGGCGGCUGAAUCGGCCGCUCCCCAUUGUACAUAUCCAGGCCGGGAACCGGGAUUGGAACGGGUCGCGUUGCGGCCCGGCCUACUUGGCCGCAAUGAGAAAAGACUAAAAGGCAAACAUUGUGUUCGUUGUAAAAUCCAAUGCUAGAACGUAAACCGUUGUUGUAUUUAUUGUUAGCGUUUAAGUUCCUCCAGCCCCCCUUUGUGUUUUUCUUUGUAUAUAGAUGUACCCCUGACGUGGUAGUUUAGCAUGAARACAAAUAGAACCUUCCAGUAAA